AAAAAAAUCCCCACCGUCGGUUACCGGGAGGAAGAGGACGAAUGUCCUGCACGAGAACAGACACCCCCCACCCCACCCAUGUUACCAUGGCAACCAUUCACCUGACAACUGGAGGGGUCAGCAGGGCUCAGGAUGAUGACAUCAUCACACAGCGACAAGGACAGUCAAACAUGAGGUGAAUCACCAUGACGACAGAGCCAGGUGAGCCGGAGGAGUCUUUUCCUGAAGCUGCAGCCCAUUCCACACCUAAACAGGGAGGAGAGGGUGGGCCGUCCCAGAGCCAAGCUCAAGGCUCAUUGGCUGAGGACUCAACGAGUCACCUGUCGUCGAGCAGUCGGAUUGCUCGGUCUCCAGCCAGAAACCCGCUGAGCUUCAGGACGAUGCAGAUCAAGGUGACCCUACUGGAUGGGUCACUGUUCACCUGCACUAUGGAGAAACGUGCUCGUGGUUCACAGCUGUUUGAGAAAGUUUGUGAACACAUGAACCUGCUGGAGAGGGACUACUUUGCUUUGUCCUUCAGAGACGCUGACAACAACAAGAACUGGUUGGAUCCAGCAAAGGAGAUGAAGAAGCAGGUCAGAGGAGUUCCCUGGAACUUCUCCUUUAACAUCAAGUUUUACCCUCCUGACCCCGCCCAGCUCUCUGAGGACAUCACCAGGUACUUCCUGUGUCUCCAGCUCAGACAGGAUAUAGUUUCUGGUCGUCUUCCAUGUUCGUUUGCGACUCACACCGUCCUUGGCUCCUACACCAUCCAAUCAGAGCUUGGAGACUAUGAUCCUGAGGAGUGUGGGUCCGACUACAUCAGUGAACUGUGCUUCGCUCCAAAUCAAACAAAGGAAAUGGAGGAGAAAAUCAUGGAGCUGCACCGAACAUACAGAGGAAUGACACCAGCUGAGGCCGAGAUGCACUUCCUGGACAAUGUAAAGAAACUUUCCAUGUACGGAGUCGACCUUCAUCACGCUAAGAUGGUAGGAAGUCGCUUUGACUGCUUGUCUUCAGCUAAGUCAGAGGACUCUGAGGGUGUGGCCAUCAUGCUGGGCGUGUGCAGUAGCGGUCUACUGGUCUACAGAGACAGACUGAGGAUCAACAGAUUCUCGUGGCCAAAGAUCCUGAAGAUCUCCUACAAGAGGAACAACUUCUACAUCAAGAUCCGACCUGGGGAGUUUGACCAGUUUGAGUCAACCAUUGGUUUCAAGCUGCUGAACCACAGAGCAGCUAAGAGGCUGUGGAAAGUGUGUGUGGAGCAUCACUCCUUCUUCAGGCUGAUGUCUCCAGAAGAGACCCCAAAGAAGUUUCUAACGCUGGGUUCAAAGUUUCGUUACAGCGGUCGGACUCAGAUUCAGACUCGCAGAGCCAGCGCUCAGAUCUCAAGACCUGCACCACAUUUCCCACGAUGCAUCAGCAAGAGGAACAUUCUGAGCCGCAGCCUGGAUGGAGCUCCUGGGACCACACCCUCGUCCUCUCUGAUUGGCUCUCCAGCCAUCACCAAGUCCCCCAGAGCCAACGGUGGUGCAUACUCAGAUAUGGGUACAGGAUUGUAUGCAGCAUCUAAAGCCAUUGCUGUCAGUGACCUCAUCAACACAGUAACACCCGAGAGGACGGUGGAGGAGAGGAGGGCGGAGCAAGUUGAGGAGGUACUGAUGGUGGAGGAGGAGGUGCAGGAGAGGAUAAAGGAGGAAAAAGAGGAGGAACAGCAGGAGGAGGAGGAGGAGGAGGAGGUGGAGACAAAAGUGACAGAGAUUUCACAGCAGAGUCCUCCGACUCCUCAGAAACAGGACACCAAGACGGAGCUGACUGAUACAGCGGUGGAAGGAGACCUGACGGCGACCGAAUCUGAUCAAGACGAGGACUUGAGGACUCAGGAGACGUUGGGGAGUCCGGAGGAGGAGCAGAAACCUCAGAGCACCAUCAGUGCUCUCAGACGCUCCUUCUUAGAGGGAGGAGGAGGAGCAGAAGGAGGAGGAGGAGUGAUGACAGAGUGGGAGAAACGUCUCGCCUCGUCACCUCUGCGACGAUUUGACGACUCCCCGAUGAUCGAACCGCUGGAACCAGAAGAGGCCUUCCCAUUGGACGAGAGCUCAGCAGUGGAGGGCGGGGUCAUGAUAAACCAAGCUCCUCCUCAGCCAAUCAGAGAGAGGAGCUACACAGUGGGGCAGAGCUACGACACGGCCUCGGGAAGAGUCGUCACCAUGACGGUGAUGGACGACAGCCCAGACGUCACCAUGACAACAACUAAUACUGAGAUGGGCAAGCAGGUCAGAAUCAUACCACUGUCCACCGCUGAUGAUGUCAUCACAGGGGGACCGCUGAUCACGAUUCGUGAGGUGAAGACACCGACCUCGCCAAUGGAGCUGCUAACCGGCAUCGCUGACAUCGGCGGUGUCAUCAGUGGGGGUGGUUCCAGAGGAGGCGGAGCCAGGACUCUGGACUUCCGUGGGGGCAGGGCCUCUGUGAUCUCACCUUUGAGCCCCCUCCAUAUCCCUUCCCCUAACCCCCCUCUGGAUGAACUGAGUAUAAGCCCCGCCCUCUCACCAAGUCACCUGACAGGCAGGACAUCGCCCUCCAUGGCAAGAGUGCCCAAACCCACAUUUGAUGAAAUGUCUCCUGAGCUGACGGCUCUGCUGAAGUCAGCCAGAGAACAAAAAACCUUCAGAGAGCACAACCUGCUCAAGACGUCAGAGAAGGUGGAGACGGUGUUCCUGAUGACAGAGCCAUGUGACCAAGACCUGCCAAUGGCGGACCAGCCUCAGGUAGAAACGGGAAAUCUUGUGGGCCCCCCGCCUAGCAACCGCCCGCCCCCUCCACCAGGGGCAUGUAUGAUGCAUGCUGAUGAUGUCACAGAGGAAUGGGCUAGUGAUGAUGACAGUAUUAAUGCUAUUGAUGCUAACCAGGCUAAUAGUCUACCACAUAAACACGAGGUCAGUGAUGAUGAUGUCAGCGAUGAUGAGCCCAGUAGCCAGGCUAGUGAUGGCGAUGCUAGUGAUACUAGUGAAGAUGCUAUCAGUGUGUUAGCGCAGGCAGCAGUGGAAGAGGCUAUGGAGGCUGCAGUCAGACAGGCUCAGAGCCCAGAUGCUAACGAUGCUAAUCAGUACAGCAUUAAUGCUAACUUAGCAGUUAGCCACGGUGAGAAGGAGCUAACUACCAUCGAGCUAAACAACAGUCCCAGCUGCAGACCCCAGUCUGUCCUGGGCUCUCCACCCACCGGGACUCUGUCUCAGCAUUACCAUGAUGACCAGGACUCUGACGAGGAUGAGGGAGGGUGGAGGUUCGGAGAAAACUCCCCUCCUCCAUCUUUACCUUGCCCCACCUCGGGACGCUCCCCCUGCUCAGCCAAUCAGACACAGCCAUCUGACCUCAGUGAUGAUGAUGAUGAUGAUGAUGAGUCCAAACCUCUGCAGGAGGAGGUCCCUGUGAUGAGGAAGACUCUGACAUAUGAAGCUCCAGGGAGCCGCGCAGAUUCUGAUCCUCCUGCUGGUCUGCUGCUGAGCUCCCAGACCUUCACCGCUGAGACCGCCAACACCACCACCACCACACACAUCACUAAGACGGUCAAAGGUGGGAUUUCAGAGACCAGGAUCGAAAAGAGAAUUGUGAUUUCUGGAGACACAGAAAUUGACCAUGACCAGGCUCUGGCAGCGGCACUCAGCGAGGCCCGACGGCAGCAUCCUGAGCUGUCGGUCACACGAGUCGUCGUCCAUAAAGAAACAGAGGUGUCUCCUGAUCAUGUUAUUGAUUAGUGACAUCACAGGACUGAAUCUAGAACCUCUGCUGCAUUAUGGGAGUUGUAGUCCAGACAACAGAACCAACUGUAGACACCCAGUGGACAUUAUUGGACCUAAGGACACACACACACGCACACACACACACACACACACACACAGGUACACGUACACACACACACACACACACACACACACACACACACACACAGGUACACGUACACACACACGUACACACACACAUGCAUGUACACCUGUACAUAACCACACACAGCAGUACCUGUCUGUCAAACUGGGGGCGGGGCCAGCAGCUCACCUGGCUUCAGAGCCCUUAGCAUAACUUAGAUUGAGAGGGAAGAUGAGACAGACAGGUUUGAGACAGACACACAUGUGCGGGACAGACAGACACACAGACAGACACGUGACAGACAGACAGACAGACAGACAGGUUAGAGAAAGACAGACAGACAGGCAGACAGACACGUGAUAGACAGACAGACAGGUGAGAGGCAGAAAGACACACAGACGGACACGUGACAGACACACGGACAGAUGAGAGGCAGACAGACAGACACACACAGACAUGUGAUAGACACAGACAGACAGGUGAGAGGCAGACAGACAGACAGACACACACACAGACGUGACAAACACACAGACACCUCACAGGCAGACAGACAUGUGACAGACUGACACGUGACAGACAGACAGACACACAGACACACAGACACAUGACAGACCCACGGACACGUGACAGACAGACACACAGACAGACAGACAGACACACAGAGACAUGACAGACACACAGACACGUGACAGGCAGACAUGUGACAGACAGACAUGUGACAGACACACAGACACGUGACAGACAGACAUGUGACAGACAGAUGUGACAGACACACAGACAGACACACAGACACGUGACAGACAGACAUGUGACAGACAGACAUGUGACAUACAGACAGACACGCACACAGACAGAGAGACACGUGACAGACAGACACAUGACAGACACACGGACACGUGA